CCAAUGAAACAAGGCUAGGUCAAGAGGAAAUUUGAGAGUAUUUAAUAAUUCAAAAAAUUAGGUUUCGGCUUUUGUUCUUCAAAUCCUUAUGACCCUCGUGCUUAGUAAGAAUUGGUGUUACAUAUUUCUAAUUUAAUUUAAAAGGGAAAUGAUUUUACAAUUAAAAUGUAUAGUUGGAUGAAAAUUUCAAUAUUGAAACAGAAAAUCCACAAAACAACAAAAUUAGAUCUAGCAGAUUUUAGAAUACUUUAUAAAAAUCAAGAACUCUCCUUAAAUAAUUAAGAUCUAGAAGUAAAAAAAAUAAACUCAUAACAUUUCAGGAUUAUGGCAUUAAGAAUCAUGUCUCUCUAAAAUUAAUGGCUAGAAAAUAAGGAUAAUAGUUGUAUUUUAUCAACAGCAUUCACAAUAUAUUGGAAGAAUCCAAGAAAACUUAAGAGAUAUUUUAGAAUGCUAAAUGGGCAGUAGAAGGAGCAUUCAUGAAAGGAAUUACACCUAAAUUAACUGAUUUUGGUACUCAAGGUACAUACAUUUUGGAAGAUCUAAAUCAUAAACCAGUGGCCAUUUUUAAACCUUAUGAUGAAGAAGCUUUUGCGUAAAAACUAAAAUCAUAAAUAGUCCUAAUAAUCCAAGAGGAAUGAGAGCCAAAAUGAAUUCUCCAGGACUUAGAUAAGGAAUUCUAUCAGGAGAAGGAGUUGAUAGAGAAGUGGCAGCAUAUUUGAUAGAUCAAUCAUCUGGACAUUAUCAUAAUGGUAAUUAUUUUUAAUAUAUAAUAUAUUAGUUCCCAUAACUAAUUAUGUCUAGAUAUGUCAUCCUGCAUUUCAUGAAGCUGAAGAAUACAAAUAAUUUUAAUAUGAGAAAAUCCCUAUUAAAGAAGGGUCAUUUCAAUUAUAUAUUAAGCAUGAUGAUAAUGUUGGUAAUUAUGGUAGUGGAUUAUAUCCAUCUAAAGAAGCAAGAAAAAUAGCCAUUUUAGAUAUCAGAAUUCUAAAUUGUGAUAGAAAUGAGGAAAAUAUUCUAGUUAGAAAAAAGUAUAAUUCUUAUAUAUUACCCGAUUCUAGAAAAAUGAAUUAACCCAUUGGACAAACUCGAUAAGCAUAUGACUAUUUUCUUAUACCUAUUGAUCAUGGAUAUGCAUAUCCAGAUUGUUUCAAAAUAUGUAGAGAUGAAGUAGUAUGGUAUCAUUGGGGACAAAUGACUUAACCAUUUACUUAAGAGGAGAAAUGUUUUAUUGAAAAGAUUGAUCCAAUAAAAGACAUAUAAAUUUUGAGAGAGAAAGUGAAAUUAAGAGAAAUUUGUUUGAGAAAUGCUAGAAUAUCUACAACUUUAUUAAAACUUGGUGCAUAAUCAGAUUUGACCAUCCACGAUAUUUCGUAAUUAAAAAUUUAAUUUAUUAGUGAAAUAUUAUAUAGAGAAGAUCCGGAUGAAUUAUCACCUAUUGAAAUUGCUAUUAGUAAAGCUGAACACAAUUACGAGUAUGUUAAUAUAUUUUAUAACCAGUAAUAAUAUUAGAGUGCCAAAAGGGUAUUCAAAUUUUAAAGAAAAAAUAUUUUCAAAUAAUUUAAUUUAAAAAUCUUUAGAAUUUGAUUAAUCUACUUUAGAAAAUCAACCUAGACCUAAAUUAGGAUAACCUUUAAUAAAUUUAGAAAUCAUCAAAGAUGAGGAUGAAAACAAAAACCUUAAUAAUGAUAAAAAAAUUAAGAAUACUUAAUAGAUUUAACUUUCAGAUAAAAAAUUAGCUAGAGUUGGUUCUUAACAAGAAAUCAAAAAAUGUCCUAAACCUAUCGAAAAGGUAUGGAAUGAAGAUUUCUAUUCACAUGUUAAUUUCUUCUUACAAUAAAUAAUUGAUAGUAAGAUUUAAGAAAAGUUCCAAUCUCCUCGUAAAUAUAGAGCUAGAUACAUAAGUGAAGAAGUCAAAUGA